UAUAAAAAGUAAUUAUAAUAGUUUUUUGAAUAGUCAUAAUAAUGUGAUCAUAGUGUUUCAGCCCCUUGAUUAAACUUUACCACUCUGUUAUGUUUAAUUACUGCUGGCUGGUUGUUGAGCUCGGGAGCGCGCCCGGGAGCGUGCGCACUGCAAAGCGUCCUUUUCGUUUCCAUGGUAACCCCGGACGGCAACAGAACACGGAGGGAGAGGUGUCCGACCCCGGUUCUAGCUUUACACAGCAGAAAUUCACCUUUAACUUUUAAAAAACGACCUGUUUUUGGACCAUUAAGGAGCUCUGAAUCAUCGUGUUUGACAACUGGCAGUGCUAAGGCUGAAUGAUCCUGGAAGUUUCCUCCUGGGAGAGAGAUGGAGAAUAGCUCUCACACACUGCCACCCUCGUCACCAUGUCUUACCACUUUCGGGGGAUCCCUUCAUUUUUCUUCCUCGCCGCAGCAGACCUGCUCAGACGGUCGUGUUUCUCUCCCACUUUCACCCAUUUCAUCCCCUCCGUCCCCAACCUCACUUUCUCCAGCAACAGCAGAGUCUGUUCACUCUUCGUCCCCUCUUUCACACUGCGCAGUGUCUCAAAGCUUCGAUGGACAAAACACACAGGGCCUCAGCCCGGCAAACAUAUCUGACCAAGAUGACCUGACAUGCCUCAGCUGGCUGCAUCAGAGGGGAAACCUGCUACCACUGCAGCCUCUUCCCAAAAUGGCACCACUGCCUCAGUUAGAGUCCCAUCCUCUUCCUCCUGCCUCGUCAAAGCCACCAUACUCCUUUAGCAGUCUGAUUUUCAUGGCAAUAGAAGAUUCACCCGACAAGAGGCUUCCAGUGAAGGAAAUCUACGAAUGGAUUGUGAACAAUUUCCCCUACUACAGGACAGCCACAGGAGGCUGGAGGAACUCUGUUAGACACAACCUGUCCCUGAGCAAGAGCUUUCGUCGCAUUCAGAGGGACAAGAGCCAGUCAGUGGGGAAGGGAUCGCUGUGGUGUGUGUGUCCAGAGUAUCGGCCGGCACUCCUCGAGGUGCUGAGGAAGACGCACAGUUAUCACAGUACCAACAGCAGUCUGAUAAACAAGCCUGCACUGUUGGAAGGAGCUGAGUUUGGGGUGCCGGCAGUGUGUGACUCUUUUGAAAUAUCAGAUCCUCUUUCUCACACCCUCCUCCUCUCCUCGCCCUCACCCCAAACGUUGACCAACGAUAACCCAACCCUCUCGGAAAACCCGCCGUGCCCUUUGACUCCGGAUCACGAAGAGCUUGUCACCAUGGAGUCAGUCGAUUACCAGCAGGAAGAAGUCAGCGAGGAGAUGGAGAAGGACCCCCUGUCAGACAGUGGGUACAUUGAGUUACACUAUUACCAGUCCCACCAGUACCAGUACCUGGUGCUGCCGGGUGACACCGAGCUGGACCUGGAGACUGUGGAGAUCCUUCAGCUGGAUGCCGAGGCCCAGGAAGCUGCUGGGUCACUGCUUGACCUAGCAGGUGGUGGAUAUUAAUAUUAUAUCCCAUAAAAAAAAUCACAACUGAUGCAACGCUCCAAUCCAGUGUAACCAAAUACGGCAGAUUUAUGUUUUAAAUGAUAUGACAUGAUAAUGGCUGGAGUGAUGAUGUUUGACAAAUUGGCUGCUUCUCCCUGAGACACUGACACUGCCCUAAAGCUUCUGUAUUGUUUGUAGUUAGGUAAAAAUAUAUAAUCAACUCUUUGAUGGACUAACAAGACUACGGAUCAUAUUGCUUCACAUGUAUUUAGGCACUUUCAAUGCAGAAGCUGAAUUUACCACUAUACAGUGACAACCUGGACAGAGACUUGAGAGUGCAAAAUGAAACUGGACAAAAUUAUGCUCUGAGAUUAAGUAUUAAUGCUAUGGUCUUCAAUACAAUACUGUGAUUUUUAACACAUUAAGUUCAUUCUCAGGGGUGGAAGGAGUGCUUCCAACUCAUGUAGAAGUACUGUUUCUUGACUACAAUGUCUCCAACUUUAAGUAAGAUUUAUACGGCAUUGAAACAAGCACAAGAAAAGUAUAAGUAUAGAUAUUUUUAGGAAUACACUGAGCAGCACCUCAUGUUUAGGUUUUUAUUGAAGUUACAUCACGAGAAAAUAAAACGUUAAAUUGAAUAUCUUGCCCUUUAGCACUGUUACUGUAGCCUACUCUGAAAAUGUUGUCUUUCUAAAAGUAGUUCAUAGUUCUUUUAAAUGUUUAAGUUAUAAUGUAGUUGUGAUUGUAGUUUGCACUCAAAGAGUGGAAAAGCACUACUCAGUUAGCAUAAUAUAAAUACUUCCAAUUGUAUCGCUAAUUCAUUUCUUCUUUCUCCACCCAUUGGCCUUCUUCAGAUCACUUGUGCUAGAGUUGAUUCUAUGUACAUGUUGUCAUGUUACUGAAUCCCUGAACGUCCUUUCUGUGAAUCUGAACACCCACAUGCGAUCUUGUAAGCUUAAAUAAGCUGUUUCGAUCAGGAAUAGUUUGGAUUUUGAGUUUGAAAUGUAAGGUGGACUCACUGCCAUUUAAAACCACUUUACAUUUCAGGGUACACUGAAUUUCUGUUUGUAAAUUAAAUGUAUUUUUCCAAAGCUUUAGAUUUUGUAAUCUAACAAAUAAAAUCUGUCAUGCAAUAAAA